AGGAGAGGAGAGGAGAGGCAGUCACUGCCAUUCACUACUCGCCCUCUGUUUUAUUAUUAGCUCACUUGGAUCCGGGCAGCAGGGCUGUCUUCUUCUUUUUUUCCUUCUUCCCUCAGCAGCCGUGGCUGUUUGGCGUUCCCGAAACCAAGUAGCCCGCAGGCUCCAUCCAGGGUGGGAUCUCAGGUAAAGGUGUGGGAGUACAGCGACUGGUCCCCGGGGGGUCAAUGGAGGCGGCUGCUGUAGGGCAGGUAUAGGACUCGAGUGACGGGCCCUUUCAGUCCUCGAAUCCACACGCCGCCCGCGAGCACCGCGCGUCGUCGAGGCGCGAGCAUGUUCCACACGGCCAAUUACCCGACGGUGGACCCGGCGCCCGCCAUCAUGCACGGCACCUGGUUGGCCACGGGCUGCCGAGGGGGGAGCGCGCCCGUGGCGGUGGAGAAGCCCAGGAAGAAGGCGGCGUUCAGCCUGGUCAAAAUCAUGUCCCUCGGCAACAAGAAGGGGCACGGCCAGCAGCCUCCGCACCACCACCACCACCAGCAGCAGCAGCAGCAGCACCACCACCACCACCACAACAACAACAUGCCCUUCACGAUCCACUGUCACAUCGGGAAAGAGAUCAAGCACAUUUGCAGCAACUGCAGCCGCGGGAACGACACGCAGGACGCUGAGGAAGUGGAGAGGCUGGCCGCCAUGCGCUCGGAGUCCCUGAUCUCCGGCACCCACACUCCACCCAUCCGGCGUCGGAGCAAGUUUGCCACCCUGGGACGUCUCCUGAAGCCCUGGAAGUGGAGGAAGAAGAAGAGUGAGAAGUUCAAGCAGACAUCUGCUGCGUUGGAGAGGAAGAUGUCAAUGCGACAGAGCAGAGAUGAGUUGAUCAAGAGAGGAGUGCUGAAGGAGAUCUUUGAAAAAGCAACUGUUGAAUUCCGAUCCUCGAUGGAUGGCGGAAUCUGCACUCAGGAGCCCUCUGUUAAGUCGUCUAUGGUCCUGCCGACCAAGAAAUCUUUCACCUACCCAGGUGACCUUCAGGGUACCCCCGCCAAGCCGCCGCUGUACCACAAACAGCCUCCCGCUCUCCCUCCAAAGCCUUUCUCUAGGAUCCCAAACCAUAGCACAGAUUCUUGCCAGCCAAUGAAGUUGCCCUGCAGGCCUGGAGGAAAGCACUCUCCACCUCUGCCUCCCAAGAAAGUGAUGAUUUGUGUGCCUCCAGGGGGGCUGGACUCCUCCACCUCCCCUUCCCCGUCACCCAACCCGCUCAGCAUUCUCCAAAAGUGUGCCGCGUCCCACCACGGCACACUGCUGCCCUCCCAUCUCGCCAGCUUGUCCGGGUUCCACCAGAGCCACGGCCACCCGCUCCAGCUCCAGUACGGCAGCCUGCACACACCAAGUCGAAUCAUCGAGGAGCUCAAUAAAACCCUGGCGCUCUCCAUGCAGAGGUUUGAAAGCUCCGCGUUGCACGGCGGCGGUCAGUGUCUGCCUCUGGACAGAAGGGAAGUGCCGUCUGUGAUCAUCGACUACGAGGACGACAAGGAGAACAUGCCCGACGAGUCGGACUACGAAGACCUGCCCAGCAUGUACAAGGACGAGGACGACGAGGUGGAUGACGACGAGGAUGACGACGAAGACGACGACUCCAUAUUUACAAGUUCCCUGGCUCAAAAGGUGCUGAGGAAAGACUCUUUGGCCAUCAAGCUGAGUAACCGUCCAUCCAAGCGAGAGCUGGAGGAGAAGAACAUCCUGCCCAUGCAGACCGACGAGGAGAGGCUGGAGUCUCGGCAGCAGAUUGGCACCAAACUCACGAGGCGCUUGAGUCAGCGGCCGACUGCAGAGGAGCUAGAACAGAGGAACAUCCUCAAACGCAUGCAGGCAUGCAGCAGGCAGGGCUCCCCGAGCAGUCACGUCCCGAGAGACAGGGCUCGCAAUGAACAAGAGGAAAUGGAGGAGAAGAGGGAGAUAAAACGGAGGCUAACGCGAAAGCUGAGCCAGAGGCCCACUGUAGAGGAGCUGAGACAGGCGAAGAUUCUCAUCCGAUUCUGUGACUACGUGGAGGUGUCCGACGCCCAGGACUACGACAGGCGGGCAGAUAAGCCCUGGACCCGGCUCACGGCCGCUGACAAGGCAGCUAUACGGAAGGAACUCAAUGAUUUCAAGAGCAACGAGAUGGAAGUGCACGAGUCAAGUCGCCAUUUAACCAGGUUUCAUAGACCAUAGUAGACCGCCACUGUCUCGAGCAGUGCCCGACCGGCGCUCUCCUCCACUGAGAACCUUAAGUGCUGGACAGUAAAACGGUGCCCGUUUCUACAACAAGGCCAUGUCUUCUGAAAAUGCCUUUUUCAAGACCCACACAACUGAGUAUUACACCACAGGACGCAGACACCCACUACUUUAUCCACCGUAGUAGCACACAAUGACUCCCGUUGCUCAACAUCGCCCCUCUGUGGACUCUGCUCGACUGUCUCCCAAAGCCUCUGCUGAGCUCUUUGGCAGGCGCUCAGUUCUGCGGCGAUUUUGGACAGCCGGAGGGUUUGUGUUUGCAUUCGAUUGACACUUGCGACAUCUACCGAGGGCAACCGCUCCUUCACUUCAUCAAUAACACCGGUGGAUUUGUCUCAGUGGACAUGUUUUUAACCUGGCCUCUUUACUGCUGUCACUCUGAACGCCUCGCUCCCUAAAGGACGACUCUGUGCCAGGAACGCGGAGUUGAUUGUUUUCUCUCCGACUUCACCGUAUCAGCAGGAGAUCCAUCUUUCCUGCACCUGCUGGGACUUUGGGAGCUGCUUAGAAUAAAAACACCCAGGAGAGCUGGGGGGAGGGAAGGGGGGGUCCAACAUUAAAAUCAUGUGCAAUAUGUUUUUUCUGUGGCUUUACCUAGACAAUAGCGUCCACUGGAGUCCCCUCUGUAUCAUUACCACAAAGUUCAGACUUCCCUCAUACGUGCAACUCUCCCCUUGCCGACAACGUUGACAUCUAAUUGCUAACUGUGAAUAUGGGAGUUUGGCAGAUGCCUGCACUCUCUCCAAAUGUACAUUAUGUUUAUACUAAGGAAAGGAAAGAUACGUUUAAAGAAGAUUAACGCUUGACAAAGUUUCAUUCGUGUCAGAAUCUUAGAAAUUUAAUGUAAAAAGUGCAGCUGGCAGAAAUAUUCUGGUUCCAGUGUGUUAUCUGUUUUAUAUUAUUUUAAUGUUUUUUUUUUUUUUUAAUAGAGGCAAGUUCAUUUACAUGUUUUAAAUGUUCCAGCUGUUUGGAUAGAUCAUCUAAAAAAGGAAUACCAAGAGAUGAGCUAACCGAAUUAUUAUCUCAUACUUUUUUUUUUUGUCUACAGCAGCGUGUUUAAUGAUCUUUGCUCAUAAUGUGCAUUGUAUUAUACACUUUACUUUUAUACUCAUGUGACUAUAAGUUUUUGACCAAGCAAUAUCUGCUGUUUGUAUAGUGAAGGUUAAACUGCAGGUGUACACCCACCAUUUCUUUUUACUGUGCUUAUACACUAUGUCUCACUUCAGGGUUUUUAUUUUCUUUUAUACUUUACAAUAGGAAAAGCUUUAUUCAGGAGAACUUUUCUGCAUUUUUCUUGACUGAUCCACCAUAAAAAAAAAUAUAAUAAAUACUGCCUCGUGGACGCCUCACCGACACAAGAUUUGAUUCGAUUCGAUUAUCAAAUCUGUCACAAAACAUGACGCGUCCUUAAAUUAAAACCACUCGAGUACUGAUUUUAGUGGAUACAGUGAGUCUGGAUUUUUAAAUUUCUAUUGCUAAAAUUCUUUGCACUUUAAGAGUUUGGCUUUACAACGGUCAUCGUUUCAAGUUCAGGGCCUCGGUCUGUAAAAUAUUGUUGGAUUUCUAGCCUGUGACCAGUUUGUCUAUUCACUUCAAUGGUCUUGUGACCUGAUCACUGAUCACACACCAGUAUUUCAAUGCUCAUGAGCUUUAUGUACACAGAAUAUUUUUAUUUUUUACUGUGUUACUUUUAAAGUGGCAAUAUGACAUGCUCGGUUAUCAGCUGAGAAGAAGUAGGCUAGGUGAAAAGUUGUUAGCUACCUACUACAAUGCAUCUGUCUGCAAAGUAAACUGUUUUCUCCCUUAAAUGCAAGGUCUCAUCCAGUGAUGGAUAGAUGACCCAGUGUGAGAACUGAGAUCAUAAAAAAUAGUUUUACACUUUAUGGUUUGUAUGUGACGUAGUGGGGGUUAGUUACACUUUAAAGCAGUUCUCCUUUGAAUCAGUGCAAAAGCCGGUGUCAUGUCCCGUUUAAAAAAAAAAAAAAAAAAAAAAAAAAAAAAUUGGGUCGUCCAAUCUCAGAGACUUUGAAAUGUUUUGUUUUUGUUUGACAAGCUUCUGUAUGAUUCCAGCAUCAUUGCACAAUCAUUAAAAUAGAUCAUAAUACAAAAUUAAUUUAUACAAACACAAUCCAGUUCUCAUUUUCAGCUCCAAGAAACAACCUGAGCUGAGGGGGCUCAGCAUGAGGUUUUCCAUUUUGCUGGAAUCAAGGAACAUGAAUUCAGCAAUAACCGGUUUCCCUUCAAUGUCGAGGGAACAAAUGAAUGCAUUUGAAAGUGAUUUUUUUUCUUCUUUUUUGAAAUACAGAACAUCAUGUAAAGGAUACAUCAUGCCAAUUAAAUUCCACCUCUGAAUGCA